AUGAACAUCUUGGGCCCAAUCAUCCAAUUUUAUCACUCUGAGCUUUCCAAGUCUGGCGAUCGGACAAAGCUGAUCAUUAUCCAUGAUGAGCUCGAGCUCAAACCACUUGUGGUUCAAAUCAAACGGCCACUUCAUUCAUCAAAACACAAGGGCCCCCACGGCCUUGGGUCAGUCUUUGCCAGUCUCAGGGCCUACUCUCCCCAAAAUCUAUUUCAUAUCGGCAUUGGCAUCGGUCCGGUUGUCUCCAACCCGAGCAAGGAUCCUGGAAAAAGAUGGGUUCUCAGCCCACUGACUCGGCCUGAGGUCAGAGUGUGCUCAUGGGACGUCAAAGAUUCACCCUCUUUGAAUCCACAACAUCGAAGAUCAGUGGUCUUGGAAGCAUGGAAGCAGAUCUUGGAAAUCAUCAGAGACUGA